GCCGGGGGGGCUGGGCAGCACGCGCGCCGGGUGUGACAGUCUAGCGGGCGGGUGCCAGGGCGGGUCCGGGCCGCGCGCCGGGAUGGGGCUGACGCUGAGGCUUCGGGUGCUGUGCGCGGGGCUGCUGUUAGCCGGGCUGCCGGCGGAGCUGGGCGCGCAGAGCGCCCGGGAUGCGGCAGCCGCGGCGCCCCGGGGCGGCGAGUACGGGGUGAAGCUGUGCGGCCGGGAGUUCAUCCGCGCCGUGAUCUUCACCUGCGGCGGGUCCCGCUGGAAGAGAUUGGCCCUGCAGGCGGGGGAGCCGCUGCCUGGCGCUGAUUCUGCUCAAGCCACUAGUAAUAAAGAACUAGAGAACUUGAAAUUGCAGUCAGUCUUAGUUCCUGGAUUGGAGCAGCUGCAGAGAGCCAGCAUACCACUUGGACAGCUGACACUGAAGGAUUUGUUUAGUUUGUUUGAUUAUAAUGAGUACGUACCCAUGUCAGAUGACUUCAGUGAAUAUGUUCGCCAGGUUGAGGAUGCUGCCUGGAAGAACAGAGGGGGAGCAGGGAUUGCCAAUCCCAUGGUGUCAAAUACCUUUCCUUGGGCCAGGUAUCCCAGAAGAAAACGAGACUUCUCAAUGGGGGUGGCAGGAGUGUGCUGCAAAUGGGGAUGUACCAAAGCUGAUAUCAGUACACUAUGCUGAGAUUAAAAUUGUGUUUCUGUAUUUAUUUUAGACAUAUGAACUCAAUGUUAGUUGCAGUGAUGCUUGAUCAAGUACUGCAUGUAAGGAAAGAAACAGUCUCAACAACAUGGCAAUUUUGUCUGCAAGCAGCUGUAUAUGUUACUGUUUUUUCUCUAAAAACUCACAAACUUAUGAUAAUUAGUAAUUUUGUUUUGCCGCAGUAACCUUUGCUCUAACUCUGUUAGUAAAUCUUUACUUUCUGUGUUUUAAGGCUUUGUCUUUAAAAUUAUAAUAAGACUUUCACACCACCUCUUUGUAACACUUCAGGGAGAAACCUCAAUGGUAAUUAAAGUAUGUCACACUAUAUAAA